AUGUCGACUGCAAAAACUUGAAGUACCGAAUUUGGUUGCGGCCCGGUGGGUUGCAGCGUUCCAAGCGUUCAAAUAAACAACUGUUGCGCUGAAUUCACUUGCCCACCGGGGCCACCUGGCUUCUCCGGAUUCUCAGGAUUACCUGGAGAAAUGGGAGUGCCUGGUGUGACUGGCAGACCAGGACUGUCAGGUGAUCAGCUUGCGAUACAGAUGACAAGCGCAUCGGUUUGUGUUCAAUGUCCCAGAGGACCACCAGGAAUAUCUGGACCGUAUGGAUUUCCCGGUCCAGUUGGUCCACCAGGUCCACCAGGUCCUCCAGCACCAAUUGUUUGCCCAGGACCGCCAGGGCCACCAGGAUCUCAAGGCAUAACGGGUCCACCCGGAGAACAUGGUGCGAUCGGCCGUCCCGGCCAACCUGGACUACACCGAAUACGAAGCAUUGGUAUACCGGGACCGAAAGGACCACCAGGACUACCCGGAAAACCCGGUGAAACCGGCUUCCGUGGAGAUCCAUCUUUACCGGGAUUGACAGGAUGUCCGGGCAUACCUGGGCCACCAGGCAGUCCUGGACAGCCUGGUGCAGAAGGAGGUACUGGACUGCCAGGCACAAAUGGUUUGCCGGGGACUGACGCUGAAUAUUGUUGUUGCCCAAAACGCUCAACAGAGAUCGAUCAGCCGGAAACGUUCGUGAAUCCACCAAAUAUUUUAACACCGUUCGAGACUCACCCAGUUCCAAGUGGCUUUGCUCAAACAACAGUUGAUCGAGUGAUCAUCAAUGAGGGUAACGUGCGAGGAGGCGAUUUUGGAGCAGUAAUUGGCGAGAAUACAUCGGGAAGUGAAGACUACGACGAUGAAACGAACAUACCCGAUGACCCAACUGAUGUUCAGUUCGCAGCUAACACCAACCCCAAUGUUGGAGGAGUGCGUGCAUCGGCCGCAAUCCGGCCGCAGCAAGUCAGAAGAACUGCACCAAAUCAGCUAGCUGCUAGCCGAAAUCGGGCUGGCACCGGUCGACUAUCCACCCGAGCUGCUGCUGUCCAACAACGACGAGCCACCGCAACAACUCGACGCUAUCAUCGAAGAGCUGCAGUAGCUCGUAGAAAAUUUCGCACAAAUGUGGCGGUAGCACGCAAACACCAUCAACUACUACAACAGUUUUUUGAAACGAAAUAA